UUCCCGCCAUCUGUCAGACGCAUAUCCGGGUUUGGAGAGAAAAAUAAAGAGGUUGACAGGUAAACAUGCUGCUGUCAUUACCAGAUGAAUCUCUGAUAAUUGUUUUACGAUUUCUUCAUUAUAAAGAUUUAUCCAAUGUGUCUUGUGUGAAUCAGAGGUUCCAUAGACUAUGUAAGGAUGACUCACUUUGGAGCUGGCAAUGUGAACACUACUUCCUCAACUUACAGUGUGAGAAGGGAUCGACUUGGUAUGAGCAUUUUAUAUCAUUAUACAAGGAAUAUGGUAGAUACAAAAAUUAUAAGGAGAUUCGGCAAGCCUGGAAUAAAAUUGAGGCAUUCUUAGAGAAGAACUGUCCAUCCAUACUAGCCACAUUACAAGAUGGAGUGUCGGAGGAGGAGUUGCGGGCAGUGGAGGAGCAUAUUCAACAUCCACUGCCGGAGGAUCUUAGAUUAUCAUACAGAAUACAUAAUGGUCAAGAUGUCUCAGCGAGAUCUCCAGGGUAUUUAUUCCUUGUUUAUAGCAUGUUUCAUGUCAGUCUUGGCGAGAUCUCCAGGUCUCAGCGAGGUCUCCAGGGUAUGUAUUGCGUUGUUUAUAGCAUGUUUCAUGUCAGUCUCAGCGAGAUCUCCAGGCAUGUUUCAUGUCAGUCUCAGCGAGGUCUCCAGGGUAUGUAUUUCUUGUUUAUAACAUGUUUCAUGUCAGAGUCUCAGCGAGGUCUCCAGGGUAUGUAUUUCUUGUUUAUAACAUGUUUCAUGUCAGUCUCAGCGAGGUCUCCAGG